UGCAGGACAGUGUGCCAAAAAUGCACCGCCCUCAUUGAUGACAGGGAGAAAAGCAUAGCUCGAAUUUCAUCUGCAACUUUGACCUGCGGAGAAGGACGCCACUGCCAGGAAAAUGUUGCUCAAUGUUAAUGUUUGACUAGAAGGAAGAAGUGCCUUUAGUUUCCAUAUUGCUCGGUCAGACAGAGGAACCAGUCCUUCUGUCUUCCUUCCACUCUUUAAGUUUCCUUGCUGCUGGGUAAAGUAAGAAAGAAGACAAGCCCAAAGGAGACACAAUGGAGGUGCUGGUGCUGUUGGACUUCGAGGGCACGGCGUCGGACGAGCUCACAGUGAAGACGGGAGAUGUGCUCAAAAAUGUCACCAAGGCCAGCGAGGAGGGAUGGUUGUACGGCGAGCUGAGAGGAAAACGGGGCAUCUUCCCUGUUAACUUUGUGAAGGAGAUUCCUGUAUAUUUGAUUGGCGACAACAAAAGGGAGCCAAGAAGCAUCAGAAAACCCAAAAAAGUGAAGCAGGUGAGACAAUGUGAGGUCACCUUCGCUUACACUCCGCAGAACGAGGAUGAGUUGGAGCUGGUUGUCGGCGAGACCAUUGAAAUCAUCAGAGAGAUUGAAGACGGAUGGUGGAUGGGUGUGAAAAAUGGCAAAGUUGGAGCAUUUCCAUCAAAUUUUGUCUCAGAAAUUUUCCUGCCUCCCAAAGAUCUGAAGCACGUUGAAGGCAAGUCGAGACCCAAACUGUCAGAUGCAAUGUUCACCAAGGAGAUGUCCCGGAAACCAAGUGUGAGAAACCAGACAAAAACUGAAGUGGAGCAUUGUCAAGUCAUGUUUGACUAUAAGGCCCAAUCAGAGGACGAGUUGGACUUGAAAAAAGGAGACGUUCUUGUUUUGCUCAGAAAGGAAACAGAAGAUGAAGGCUGGUGGGAGGGGGAGCUACACGGACGCUGCGGCUUCUUUCCUGACAACUUUGUUAUGGUGAUACCACCAGUUCCCAAUCUGCAAUCUGGGAUCGCAAGCCAACCUCCUGCACGCAACAUCACGCACGAACACACAGGUACUACAGCCAUGGAGAAAGGUGGUCCAGGAAAGACAAAAGAUGAGGCAAAGGACCUAAGAAGCCUUCAUCCAACCAAAGUUAAGCUUCCAUACUUUAACAAACCCGCUCCGCCUCCAGUCAAAGACAAACCCAACAAGAUUUUACCAAAAACCAAUGGCGACGCGCCUCCAGUUCUGCCUAAGCCACAAGAGGUGAAGGAGCCCGAUCAGUUUGAUGGGAUGAAUGUUACAUCUGAAAAGCUGAGUCACCCCACAGCGAACAGAGCCAAACCCCCGCAGAGGAGACCACCGUCAGGCCUGGGUGCAGCUGCGUCGAGUGUGACGAGCCAGAACGAACAAGAUUCUUCAGAGAAAAAACCAGAGACAGACAAGCUCCCGGCACUGAUAAAGGCUGUGGAGAACGCCUUGCCCACACCUUUGAAGUCUGACUUCCCUCAAAAAUCGCAGCCUCCAGUUCGACCUGUACCACUGAAGCUAACUGUGACCAACAAAGCUGUGAACCACCAUCAAGAGCCAAGUAUGGAAACCUUGCAGGCGGAUAUCAAAGACCUGAAGAUGUCACUGGAGCUUCUUCAGACACGACACGAACGAGACAUGCAGGAAGUGAAAGAAGAACUGAGGGAGGAAAGAAGCAAACGACUGGCUCUGCAGGAGGAAGUGGAGAGGUUGAAGAUCAAGCAUUUCUGAUCACCAACUGUCGCUCUGACAUGCUGGUAUUCAGGCUCUGGUACUGUGAAUUUGAACACCCUGAUACUGAGACGGAGGCAGAAAACUCUCCAGAUAUGGAAAUACCGCUGAGCUUUAUUUUAACAAAUUCCUCAAACUAAACAUACAGAUCGACCAUAAACAGUCUCAUGUUUAAUACCAAGUCUUUUUGGAGUCUGUCAUGGUUUCUUCUGUUUCCACGUUUUUAUGAAAAUGUUUUAUUGUAUUCUACUUUUAAUGCAACUUGUAAUAUAUGGAGCUGUUUUACAUGAAACAUCCAAACAUUUUCUUUUGCAGAAGAAGAAAAUGUGAAGGUGACUUUAAGUGAAUGUUAAAUAAAUAUUUCUGUUAAAACCUUGGGCUAAUAUUG